AUGCGCGAGCCGCGAAGGCGCGAAGCUUCUCCUCCUUUCUCCUUCUUCUCCCCUUCCUUCCCCGCGCGUCGAGGAACUCGUGAAUUCGCACGCGAGCGUCCCUCCACGACAAAGCACGGUUUCUCUUCUGUCCUUUACUCCUUUCCCCUCCUCCACCCCCCGCUCCCUACUCUUCUUUCUCUUCUGUUCGUGUGCCUGCACUUUUUGCACUCGGAAUCUUCGCUCUCUCUUUCUCCAACGCCCAAUUGUAUGUGUUUAUCUCGUUUCAAGGUGUAGAAAUUUCUGGGAAUUUCAAGCAACGCGAACAAAUCUACGUUGGCAGCAUCGUCCGUUUCGCAGCGCUAACCUAACCUCCAAAGCCCCGAGCGCGACUGUGGCAUCCCCGACCGACAGAGGACGCGACCGAGCGUUUCGUCAGCAUUCGGCGCAUUGCAUUCACGAGGACCUUUCGCCGAGGGUUACGGACAAAUUUUCGUAAAAUGUUGCAGAACGUCGCAUCAUGCAGAGCGAACUUGAAAGGAGCCGCGAGAUUGGUGAGAUCCACGAGGAGCCUGAGAGAUGGCUCGAGGGACCGCGUGCUGUCGCCUACGCUUCCACCGACGUCGACGGAGCUGCUCGAUACACAAAUGCAGUCGUUUCGAAUGUAUUCAAAUCCGGCACGGCGGCCGAGCUUUCUCUCUCAGUUUGUCGAGAACAUCAAGCAGGAGAUGCAGAAGAACAAGGAGAUGAAAGAGUCGUUGAAAAAGUUCAGAGAGGAAGCUCAGAAACUGGAGCAAUCAGAAGCGUUGCAGACGGCGCGACAAAAGUUCCAAGCUGUCGAAUCCGAGGCCAGUAAAAGUUCGGAAGUGAUUAAAGAAAAACUGGACACGAUUAAAGGAAAGGUGCAAGAAGUUAUCGAGGAGGCGAGUAAGAGUGAAUUAGGCAAACGCGCCGGCCAGUUAGGCGAAGAGAUCACGAAAUCGGCCAAAGGUGCGGCAGAGACGAUCACGGAAAAGAGCCAAGCGCUCGGUAAGACGGGUGCAUUUCAAACGAUAUCGCACACCGCAGAGGCCGUAAGGAAUGAACUUGACCAACAUGGAAUUCUAGGCAAAGUUUACGUUGCCCCUAAAAAGCUAAGAAAGAGGAACGAAGUGCCAAUAGAGCCUAAAGAAAUUAUGCCUGAUCAGAAAACGACAGGCGUGGAAGUGCACAGGGACUACAUGUUUUCCAAUGCUUGGCAAAAUUUUAAGGACAAUAAUCCAUACGUGAAUAAGGUAAUGGACUGGAAGAUGAAAUACGACGAGUCAGAUAAUGCCGUACUACGCGCUUCCAGAUUGCUUACGGAUAAGGUUUCGGACAUUAUAGGCGGGCUGUUUCAAAAGACCGAGCUGUCGGAGACGCUUACAGAGAUCUGUAACCUGGACCCCACUUUUAGUAAAAUACAAUUCUUGAAGGACUGCGAGACCGACUUUAUCCCGAAUAUCCUUGAGGCGAUGGUCAGAGGCGACCUCGAGAUUCUGAAGGACUGGUGUCACGAGGGACCUUACAACAUAAUUGCGCAACCGCACAAGGAAGUGAAGAAGUUAGGCCACUAUUCGGAUAGUAAAAUUCUAGAUAUCGACAAUGUGGAUCUGGUGAUGGGUAAGGUGAUGGAACAGGGACCAGUUUUAAUAAUUAGCUUUCAAUCUCAGCAAAUCAUGUGCGUGAGAAACUCGAAGCACGAGGUGAUCGAGGGAGAUCCCCAGAAAGUGAUGCGGGUCAAUUACGUCUGGGUACUGUGUCGCGAUCGAACGGAACUCAAUCCCAAGGCCGCGUGGCGUUUGCUCGAUCUUAGUGCCACCAGUUCGGAGCAGCUGGUAUAGUGUGUGAACGAACGGAAACAAAUUGAACUACUCGAACGUUUACGCGGUCAAGUGGAGUCGUCGCGCAGUGGUGUCAUCCGUGUACAUUGUCGUUAUCAUUCACACUACGAAUAAGUAACCGAACGUGACGAGGAUUUCCUUAACGAUCGUGUUAAACGAUCACCGAUCUAGCGUACAUAGUGCACAGAGUAUUUCCUGUAAAUCGGAAUGUUUAUGUAUGUAUACAAAAUUUUAGCAACUCAGUAUCUGUAAAUUUUUAUUGUACGUGAUGUAAGUACAUACACGUUGCUAAGUUAUCACUUACAAAAUAAUAUAUUUAUAAAUGCAUCGAAAUCAAUUGUCCGAUACAUGAUUUACGAUUACGUAUAGCUUGCUAUUAUUUAAAAAGUAGGUCAUAAAAUAAUAAUUCUUUUAUCGUGCGCAUAACCGAAGUAUCGAGUAAUAUUUGAUUGUAUUUAUCGAUUAUUGUUAUACACUUUUCGUUUAACAAAAUUAUCAUGCUAUCUUAUAUAGAAUUUUGAAACAGAACGUUGAAUAAUAGAAAUUAUAUUGCAGAUUGUUAAAAUUAACAUAUUAAUUUUCGUACGAUAUUUAUAUUGUCGAUUAUAUAACAAGAACGAGCCAAUUUUUGCAUUGACAGUAAACGGAGAAGGAAGAAGAUUGUGUUCUAUUGACGAGACGAUUAUAGAAUCAUACUUUUUAAAUGCUAAAAUCAAUAACGUAAAGAAUAAUUACAGAUAUUAAAGAUUCUCAAAACUAAAAAUAUUCUCAUCAUAUUCAAAAUAUAUUUUAAUUAUGUGUAUUAUUACCACGAGAGCCGAUGCAUAUAUCUAAUAUGUUGGAAUUGGUUGGAAGUAUAUUCAGAUACAUUUAUAUAUAUAUAUAUGAAUGUACAUAUGUAUACAUGCACAAGCUGAUAUUAACGAAUAAUUAUAGUGUACAAUUGAUUAAAUUAUAAAGAGAACUGUUGAUUAUUUUUUAAAGACUAUAUUAUACGAGUUUUAAGCUUAGAUCGGUUUGGAUCGAAACGGAAUAAAAUGAUGAAUAAGCAAA